CACACUCAUUUUAGCCAGUGGCCAGGCUACCAGCAGAGAAAAGACAGGUGGGCAGCAUGGCUCCGGGCGAAAAGGAAAAGGGGGAGGGCCCAGCCAAGAGCGCCCUCCGGAAGAUACGUACAGCCACCCUGGUCAUCAACUUGGCCCGAGGUUGGCAGCAGUGGGCGAAUGAGAACAGCAUCAGGCAGGCCCAGGAGCCUACAGGCUGGCUGCCGGGAGGGACCCAGGACUCACCUCAAGCUCCUAAACCAAUCACACCCCCUACUUCACACCAGAAAGCUCAGAGUGCCCCAAAGUCGCCACCCCGCCUGCCAGAAGGACAUGGAGAUGGAAAAAGCUCAGAGAAAGCCCCUGAGAUUUCGCACAUCAAAAAGAAAGAGGUGUCCAAAACGGUGGUCAGCAAGGCUUAUGAGAGAGGAGGGGACAUGAGCCACCUCAGCCACAGGUAUGAGAGGGAUGCUGGUGUGCCUGAACCUGGGCAGCCAGAGAAUGACAUUGACAGAAUCCUCCACAGCCACGGCUCCCCAACACGGAGGAGAAAAUGUGCCAACCUGGUGUCUGAGCUGACCAAGGGCUGGAGAGUGAUGGAGCAGGAGGAGCCCACAUGGAGGAGUGACAGCGUAGACACAGAGGACAGCGGCUAUGGAGGAGAGGCCGAGGAGAGGCCCGAGCAGGAUGCGGUGCAGGUGGCUGUGGCCAGGAUCAAGCGCCCCUUGCCCUCCCAGGUAAACAGAUUUACAGAGAAACUCAACUGCAAAGCCCAACAGAAAUAUAGCCCAGUGGGCAACUUGAAAGGGAGAUGGCAGCAGUGGGCUGAUGAACACAUACAAUCCCAGAAGCUCAAUCCUUUCAGUGAAGAGUUUGAUUACGAGUUGGCCAUGUCCACCCGCCUACACAAAGGAGAUGAGGGCUAUGGCCGCCCCAAAGAAGGAACCAAAACUGCUGAAAGGGCCAAGCGUGCUGAGGAGCACAUCUACAGGGAAAUUAUGGACAUGUGCUUCAUUAUCCGCACAAUGGCUCGCCACAGACAAGACGGCAAGAUCCAGGUUACUUUUGGAGAUCUCUUUGACAGAUACGUUCGUAUUUCAGAUAAAGUAGUGGGCAUUCUCAUGCGUGCCAGGAAACAUGGACUGGUAGACUUUGAAGGAGAGAUGCUAUGGCAAGGCCGAGAUGACAAUGUUGUGAUUACGCUACUCAAGUGAACCUUCAAAAACAAAAGCCAAAUUUGGCCCACUAUUGUUUUAAUGCUAAAUGCUCAUGUAGGUAAAAUGAAAAUGCAAACUCUCCAUAAUGUUAGUAAAUAUUAAACAAUUUUUACAUAAACGACUUUCUGGCAUUCUAUUUCUCUCUAGAAUGAGGAAUUUUGGAGAUUUUGAGAAGGCACAAAGCAUUUCAGAAAGCACAUAGAAUGUUAAUGUAUAAUAAUAGUAUUAAUAGUUAAAAUUCCACAGGGUAUUUUUUGUUUUUGUUUUGAGACGGGUUCUCUUUAUGUCACCAAAGCUGGUCUUUUAACUCCUGGCCUCAAGUGAUCCUCACACCUCAGCCUCCCAAGUAGCUGGGAUUAUAGGCAUGAGCAACAGCACCCAGCCACUUGUAUAUUUUAGGCAAAAUAUUUAGCUAUUCAUUGUAGAAACAACUAUAGAUUUUUAAUUAAACAUUACAUCUAAGAAGAAUGCUGACAAGAUAAAUAUCAGUAGAACAUAUAAUAAUGUGUCUUUAUUUGGAAAAAAGAAAAUACCGUUAAGUUUGGUAAAACCAAACUUAAAAUUUUUUCAGAAGCUUGACUUUGUAUUAUUGUUUAUAUCAUAGCAUCACUUACAAAACAAGCACAUAUAUAAAAAGUUGUCAAGAUGUUGCUGAAAUUGUUGAAGUUCCUCUGUGGGCUUGGAUUCUAACAGGUUUCCAGUAAGAGUUCACCUUCCUCUUGUUUGAUUUGAGCAAAUCACAUAAAAACGGACACUUCCUGUCUUAGCACCAACAAAGGAAGGCACGCCCUCACUAAAAGUAGAGCAGAGGUGAGAGAUUCAGAUUUACUUGCCUUCGUAGGACUUCUUGGAGAAGUUUAUUGUUUCAUUACAUGUCAGCAUAUAUUGAAUCAAGCUGCUUGCAUUAACAUCAAUGCAAUGAUACGUAUUUCUCCAACAAUGGAGAAAUACAGAAAAUCUAUGAAGUGGAAUGAUCAGUAUUAGAAGAAUCCCAUAGAAUCAUUGGUGAAUUAAAAACAGAUUUGAGACAGUUUAAUUUUCCUCAUACUGUAACAAAGAACUUUAUGAAAUGUUUAAGUCAUAAAACUGCAAUAUUAGUUCUGCCAAAGUAAAAAAUACACAAUUAUGAUGGCAAGGAGAAAAUCAUUGGACAUUAAUGUGCCUAUAUGAUCUUAAAAACAAAUGGAAUGGAAUGUGAGAUUGCGAUUCUUACUGGACUCAAUGAAAUUACUAAAAUGCAUUGAUAGUAUAGCACUUUGGUGUUAAAUGUAAAAAUUAACGUCUAAAUAUGAUACCUCAAAAUAACAGGUAUUAGACUGCUAUAAGAAUUAUAUUUGUUUUCAUGAAUGAGUCUCUUUCAAACUGAAGGUUCUGAUAUCUUCUUUAAGAAAGUAUGUGUAUUUUGUUUCCAUACCAUAUUUAUAAAGCUAUAAAUGACCAAUAUUUCUAAGUAGAAUUUCAUAUAAGAUGCACACUUCUAUUACAAGUGAAACCUAUGCCAAAUGUUAAAGACAAAUAGCACAAGAAUAAAAGAUGAUUUCUUGUA